GAGAGGAGAGCUCGCUCCAUUUCUCCUACCCAUCCCUCUCCCUCCCUCUUCCCCCCCACCACACUCAUUCCCUCUUCCUCCCCCGCACGAAAGCGUACGCAUUUCCCGCAUCGACCUCCACAUCAUGGCAGCUGCUGCUGCAUCCACGUCCUCGUCGUCCGCCCUGCGACGGCUCCAAGCGCUGCAGUCGGAGCCGGGCAACGGGGCGUGCGUCGACUGCGGGCAGAGGAACCCGCAGUGGGCCUCCAUCUCUUACGGCGUCUUCCUGUGCCUCGACUGCUCCGGCAAGCACCGCGGCCUCGGGGUGCACCUCAGCUUCGUCCGCUCCGUCACCAUGGACUCCUGGACCGACGCCCAGCUCCGGAGAAUGGAGUGCGGCGGCAACGACCGCCUCAACGCCUUCCUCGCCCGACGCAGGGUCCCCAGGGACGCCGACCCCGCCACCAAGUACAACUCCCGCGCUGCCGCCGCCUACCGCGACUGCAUCCAGGCCCUCGCCGACGGCCGCCCCUCGCAAGACCCGCCCGUCGUCAAGGAGGCCACCUCCGAGCCCAGCGCGAGGAAGCCGCCGCGGAAUCCGUCCGGGUGGGACAGGUGGGACGACGAGGAGGAGGACGGCUGCGACCACCUCGCGGCUAGUUCGAACAUGAGGAGGAAUCAGUCGGUGGGUGACCUUGGGUGCGGGAGCGGGAGCGGGAGCGGAGCAGCGACGUCGCUGCGAUCUCGGUCGACGCAGGAUCUGCCCGCCAUGGCGCAGAAGCCGGCGAACAAGGAGAGGUUCUUCGCGAGGAAGAUGUAUGAGAACAGUACUCGGCCGGAGGGGAUCCCACCUUCACAAGGCGGCAAGUACGUGGGAUUCGGAUCGAGCCCCACUCGGCCAGCACGGAGUGCUUCGCAGGAUGACUUGCUCUCCGUCGUCUCUCGGGGAUUUGGUCGCCUGUCCAUGGCCGCUGCUUCUGCUGCGCAAUCUGCAGCUAGUGUUGUCCAAGCAGGUACAAAGGAGCUGACUUCCAAGGUGAUGGAGGUGAACUAUGAUCAGAAGGUAAAUGAAACAGUGAACACGGUGACAGCAAGAACCAGCGAAAUCGGUCACAGGACAUGGGGGAUCAUGAGAGGCGUAAUGGCAAUGGCAUCGCUGAAGAUGGAGGGAAUGGGGUGGAGCGAGGGUGACGACGGCAGAUACUCCGAAGCGUUUGGGCAGGAGAGCAAGGGUGGAAGCGGUCGGCAAACGCAUCCUUCGGCGAAAGACUCGCGGGGUGAUUGGAAUGAGAGCGAGAUGAAGGAGGAGGAGGAUCACAGGAAGCACACCGACGGCGAAGAUAGCUGGGCGUGGUGGGAUGAAGCCGACGAUGAUGAGCAGGAGAUCAGCCAUCAUCAACCCAAGAGUGCCAAGUGAUCUAUAUGGCCUGGAAGAAGCGAAGUGAACGUGUCCUGUUAGUCUCUGUUGAGGUCACAUCUUUUGUUGCUUUCUCUCUCUGUAUCUGUUGAUGUU